GUUGGCUCUUAGUUAUAAUGAUGCUUCCGCGUCGCCGGCCCCGUUGUGACUGGCAGUUGCCCUCUUUUGCUAUGGUCAUUAUCAAGACCUCGAGACUACGCUGACAACUGUGUCAACAUGCGCAACCCGCCGCCCUCUGUGACCGCUUCCUGGCCAACACCCAACUAUGUCAACCCAGUCAGUCGAGGGCCUGCCCUCCUCAUUGUUGAGUUAACCAUUGGGUCCAUCGCCAUUGUCACCCUACUGGCCCGUCUCUAUGUUCGCAUUUUCAAGGUCAACAAGAGCGGCCUCGAUGACUGGUUGAUGUUGGCUGCAAUGAUAUUCGGCAUUGGCGUAACAGUUUGCGUUAUUCUUUCAGCUCAACUGUACGGCUGGAAUAUCCAUGUGUGGGAUCUUCAGAGCGAGCAGGCUGUGAAGGGUAGACAGGUCUCCAUCGCUGCUCAGACACUCUUCCUCUUUUCCUCGGGGCUUGCAAAGGACUCCAUCCUAGUCUCCUACCUGCGGAUUGCACCCAAGGGCUCGUGGCUCCGCCGCGCAACAUACGCCUCCAUCGUCCUUGUCACGUCACUUAUAUUCAUCUUCCUCAUUGUGCUAUGGACGCAAUGCAAUCCCAUGAAGUCGUACUGGACCUUGACAGGGCACGAAGACUGUGCUUUGGAAGGCCCACCAGUGCUCGGACAAGCCAUCACCACAGUCGCCACCGAUUUGCUCGUCUGCGCCCUACCCCUGCCGACCCUCCUCAAACUGAAGCUCCCGCUAUCCCAACGAAUUGCGCUCAUUGUCCUCUUCUCGCUCGGAAUCGUUGUCGUCUUCGCCGCGUCCAUGCGUGCCUACUGGUCCCACUAUGUCACCGAAGAGACCUACGACGUUACUUGGGAGGGAUUCUACUUAUGGAUCUGGACCGCAGUAGAAGCAAAUUUGGGAGUCAUUUGCGGCAGUAUACCGGCGCUGCGCCCGCUGUUCAAGACUAUCUUCCGCUCCAAGUCCAGCAGCUACUACAACACCUCGACCGCCUACCGCAGUGGUACUGCCGCCCAGGUGGUGAACAACCCGCAUAAGAAUGGCCGAAGCUGGGCGGAUACACUGCAACGCGGCAGCAGAGGGAUCAAGAUCCAGGAUGACCACAUCGACAUUGAGGGCGGCACCUUUGAGAUGAGGCGUCACAAGGACAGUAAUAGCCCGGCAUCAACGUUGGAGAUGGACACUUGGCCGGCUCGAGAGCACAGGCUCCCUGAUAAUAUGCGUGGGCCACUGAGCCAUUGAGCUGACGAGUCAAACGAACUUUGGAAUUGGUUGGGAUCGGCGUUGCGGUUGAUUUUGGGCAUCACGAAUAGCGCGUCAUAGACAAGACGGGGAUGAUUGAGGAAAAAGCAUGU